AUGGCAUCGGGGAACUUUCCACCAUCUUCAUCAUCGCAAAUCAUCGACGAACAACCUUUGAUAUUAGAUAAUGUUGAUGAGUUCAGCACCGAUGAUGAAUUAGACAACAUACUUGAAGAUGACAACAAAGACGACCACAUCACACAAUCAUCUGAACAUGUCAUUCCAGAGUUGAAUGAACCUUAUAGGAAAGUCCGUAAAUAUUGGGAAAUCAAGAAUAUCCACGGACAACAUUCGUGUUUCUCAACCAUACUAUCUCAAGAUCAUACAAAUGUUGAUAGUACUCACAUUGCCGCGAUCAUAUCAAAUUCAGUCCGAACAAACCCAUCCAUUCCAAUCAAGAGUUUGAUUGCAGAUAUUAAAGCUCGAUUCGGAUAUUUUGUGUCAUACAGAAAAGCUUGGAUCGCUAAACAAAAGGCUCUUGCUAUGGAGUUUGGAGACUGGGAAGACUCUUAUAACCACAUGCUGAGGUGGUUGCAUGCUGUCAAGGAUGCAAACCCAGGUACAAUUUUACAAUGCACUGGUUCUCCAGUGCAGAUUGAUGGACAAACCGACAAUAAUUGCUAUAUUAUGGAAAGAGUUUUCUGGUCUUUCGGUCCUUGCAUACAAGAAUUCAAAUACUGUAAACCCAUUCUACAAGUUGAUGGUACGUUUCUAACGGGUAAAUAUCAUGGAACUUUGCUCACCGCCAUAGGUCAAGAUGGCAAUAGAAAUCUUUUUCCAUUGGCCUUUGCCAUUGUAGAAGGUGAGACAAAGGAGGCCAUGAUAUGGUUCUUUCAACUACUUCGAGAACAUGUUUGCCCUCAACAAAAUAUUUGCAUCAUCACUGACAGAGGAAAGGGUAUCCUAUCGGCCUUAAGAUCGGAAGAAGUUGGUUGGGAACAAGAUGGUUUGAACUCUGUUUAUUGCAUACGUCAUCUAGCAUCCAACUUCAACAACAAAUUCAAAAAUCAUGACCUCAAAAAACAAUUCAUCAAUUUAGCUUACGAGGUCAAGCAACCAACUGUCACGCCAAAACUUACUGCACUAAGAAACCAAUACCCACAACAAGCUUUUGAUGGAGGGAGAAGAUAUGGACAUAUGACCACUAAUCUUGCUGAGUGCACCAACUCCAUUUUAAAGGGAGCACGUUCAUUACCAAUAUGUGCUCUCAUCAGAACAACAUUUGAGAGGACACAAUCAUGGUUUGUUGAACUAGGAUUAAAGGCGAACUAUAUGCUACAAGAAGGCCACCAAUUUCCUGAACAAAUCGCCGACAUCAUUAGGAAAAAUCAACAUCAAUCCGCAUUUUGUCAUGUUCAUCGUUACAACCGUGAAAAUUCUGAAUUUGAUGUUCAGGAAAUUUCAACACCUCAUCACUACCGCCAUGUUCCACUUUCCUAUAAG